AUGAUUGCCAUCUUCGACGAAGACGGCGGCGGCGACGUCGACUUUCAAGAAUUCGUGUCGGGCCUCAGCGCAUUCAGCAGCAAGGGCAACAAGGAGCAGAAGCUCCAGUUCGCCUUCAAGGUAUACGACAUUGACCGCGACGGGUACAUCAGCAACGGGGAGCUCUUCAUCGUGCUCAAGAUGAUGGUCGGCAGCAACCUCAAGGACCAGCAGCUGCAGCAGAUUGUGGACAAGACCAUCAUGGAGGCGGACCUGGACAAUGACGGCAAGAUUAGCUUUGAGGAGUUUACCAAGAUGGUUGAGAAUACCGACGUGAGCAUGAGCAUGACGCUAGACCAGUUUUAA